UUUGCUUUCACUGGCAUGACCAACAACCAGAUGACAACCAUUGAGUGGAAUGAUGAGACCCUCUAUGCCAGCAUCAAUGGCCUCAAGCACUAGAAAUGUAUGAGGCUUUUGAGCACGAAGCCACCCAGAGCAACAAGCCUAGGUUGUUGAUUUCUGCUGCUGUGUCAGCUGGAAAAGGUACCAUUGAAACUGCCUACCAGAUCCCCGAGAUGUCGAAGUACAUGGACCUCAUCAACGUGAUGACCUAUGACCUCAGGGGCUCCUGGGAUGGCUUCACAGGAGAGGACAGCCCCCUGUUUGCAGGACCCAAUGACAAGGGAGACUACAAAUACUUCAGUGUGGAUUAUGCAAUGAGCUACUGGAAGAAUCAAGGUGCCCCUGCUGAGGAGCUGAUGGUGGGCUUUGGGGCUUAUGCCAGUACCUUCACUCUCACGAACCCUGCCAGCCAUGGCCUGGAUGCUCCAACCUCUGGCCCUGGGACUGCCAGGUCCUACACUCAGGAGGCUGGGAGUCUUGCCUACUUUGAGGUCUGCUCCUUCUUGAAAGGAGCCACCGAGGUGUGGAACGCUCCCCAGGAGGUGCCCUAUGCCUACAAGGGGAAUCAGUGGAUUGGAUAUGCCAAUCCCAAGAGCUUCACCCUCAAGGGUGAGUGGCUGCUGAAUAACAAGUUGGGGUCCAUGGUCUGGAACAUUGGCUUGGAUGACUUCACGGGUACUUUCUGUGGACAAGGCAAAUACCCUUUCAUGCAUGCCCUCAAGUCUGCACUCAGCGUCUCCACUCCCAGUUGCAAAGUGCCCACCUCUACCAUGGGCUCCCCCACCAACACUGUGGCUCCCGGGAGUGGCAGCACUGGCGAGAGUGGAUUCUGUGCUGGAAAGUCCAACGGUCUCUAUCCCAGCCCCACCAGCAAGUGCACCUUCUACAACUGUGUGGAUGGAUGUACCUACAAGGAGGCUUGUCAGACAGGCCUGGUCUUUGACACCAGCUGCUCUUGCUGUAACUGGAUUUAAGCCAUCUGCUUGUGGGAUCCAUUGGGGACUGUAGGACAGAAGGAUGAUUAAA